AUGAUGCAUCUCGGCGGCCACAUCUGCCUCUCUUCUGUCUCAAAGUCCAUGUUGGUCUCGCCUCGUGUCAACUCAACGUCACCCGUUUCUGGUAAGAGCGCCGUUGAAACUAAGAAGAAUGGCGUUGGCGACCAGCGGACCGGCUUCGGUGCCAUUUCGACUGUCUGUGCCAUGACCUCCUCAAGUCUCCCGAUAGCCUACGAUCCGAGGCCUUUUCUGUCCGUGCGGGAGCUCAGUGGAUUUCCAGGCAGGGGUUGUCGUUGCGUUGAAAAGAAGGUCGUCGACGAAAAGGUCGUUGUCGUUGACAAGGGUCCCUCACAAGUGCUAAAUUAG